AUGGGGGCUGCUGUGGCUCAGGAGGUGAUUGCUAAAGCCGACAGCAGGUUGUCAGUUCUGCUGCGGUUCGUGAGGCUGGUUAACUUCCUCCCUCACCUGAAGAGACAGCUGCUUGUGCUGAAGAGGACCAUACAGAAGGCCGCCAUGCUCUGUGGACUGCUGCUGAUCGGCAUGAUGGUUUUUAGUGUGCUGGAUAUGCAGCUGUUCUGGAAUAGAUUCAGCUUCCAGACAAAGAAUGGAGUCACCGUCGCUGAUCGGAAAAACUUUGACACCAUACUCUGGUCCAUGGUCACUGUGUUCCAGAUUUUGACUCAGGAGGACUGGAAGCUGGUGCUAUACAACGGCAUGUCCGCCACCUCCCCCUGGGCUGUUCUCUACUUUGUCGGGCUCAUCGUGUUGGAAAGAAAUAUUAUUCUCAAUAUACUCAUGGGCAUAGUGGUUGAGAGCUUCCAGGAAAGGCGCUCCAGCUCCCCUCUCUCUUCCUGCGCCAAUCUGACUGGCUUAGCGCCUUCAGAGGCAGAAAACAAUGAGGAAAAUGCUGUUGUGUCCGACAUAUGA